UAAUCAUCAUCAGCCGAAGCGCCGCUCGCGAGUUUCGCGUGCGGCCCGUGGCUCGCGGACGUCCCGUUCGGUCCUCGUCCCAAGCGGAAGGCCAGGAAAGGCGCCAUGGCUGCGAUCAACAUAGUGGCUCUGCUGUUCAUAAUCGUGUACUACUUUGCAGUCAUUAUCGCGGGCGUCUGGGGACGCCGCAAGGUGCCCCCGGCGCAGAGCCACUCGAUCGGCCCGCAUGGGACCGGCACGUCCAGGCGGAAUAUUGACGACGACGAGGUGGAUAACUACCUGCUCAGGCUGUUCGUUGCCAAUCGGCAGUUGCCGCGGUGGCUCGGCGUCGCCUCUAUGACCGCAACCUGGGUUGGAGGUGGUUAUCUGAACGGCACCGCCGAGGCAGUCUACAGGUACGGCAUCGUGAACUGCCAAGCUCCGCUUGGCUACGCGAUGAGCCUGGUUCUUGGCGGCACUUUCUUCGCGACCAAGAUGCGGCUGACAGAUUCGCUGACCAUGCUGGACCCGUUCCAGACGCACUACGGCCGCUGGUCGGGGCUGAUGUUCUGCGUGCCGGCCGUGCUGGGCGAGAUAUUCUGGACGGCGGCCAUACUAUCGGCUCUGGGUGACACGGCGAGCGUGAUCAUCAGGGUUGACUCUCAGAAGUUCAUCAUCAUCUCGGCGUCAAUAAUCUUCCUCACCUCUCUGGGUGGUCUCUUCGCGGUCGCGUACACGGACGGCCUCCAGCUUGCCACCACCGCCAUACUGCUGUGGAUAUGCGUGCCUUCGUGCGUAUCUCACAAGGCGGUGGGCACUCUGGGUCCCCAGUACACCGACUGGAUCGGCUCCGUCGAGAGCGAGGAUUUGAGCCAGGCCCUCGACUUGUUCCUCAUGACGGCGCUCGGAGGAAUCCCGUGGCAGGUCUACUUUCAGCGCGUGCUAGCCUGCAAGGACGUGGCGGAGGCAAAGAUUCUUUCGUUCUUGGCGGCCUUGGGUUGCAUGUUCCUCGCUGUGGCUCCCGUCAUCGUCGGAGUUGCCGCCAAGCACACCAACUUUACGGUGGCCGGCUAUCCGGGAUCGUAUGAACUGAACGAGGACGACAGCCCGCGGGUUCUGCCGUUCGCCAUCCUGUACCUGACCACGGGCACGAAGGCCAUGUUCGGCCUCGUCAGCAUAGCGGCCGCCGUCAUGUCGUCCGCCGACUCAUCCAUGCUCAGCGCCUCAACAAUGAUAGCCAGGAACGUCUACCAGACGCUUUUCCGGCCCACGGCAACGGAGAAGGAGGUGGCGAUCGCGCUGCGCACCACGAUCUGCGCCCUGGGUUCGUUGUCCGUGUACAUGGCGCUCUCGGUGAACUCCGUGUUCGCUCUGUGGAACCUGUGCUCGGACAUCGUCUACGUUCUGCUCUUCCCGCAAUUACUCUGCCUGUUUUACUUCAAGGAGACCAACGCAUAUGGCUCAGUUUUGGCUUUCAUCGUGAGCGGCGUGUUCCGGUGCCUGUGCGGGGAGCCCUCCAUGAACGUGCCCGUGGUGGUGCAGCUGCCCCUGUACGACCCGAAAUUGGGCCAGCGGUUUCCGUUCCGCUUGUUGUCCAUGACGCUCGGCCUGGUCACGCUCCUCCUCGGUUCGUACGCGACCGCCGCGGUCUUUCGCAGGGGUUUUCUGCCAGAGCGGUGGGAUGUGUUCCGUUGCUUCGCUCAGCCGUCACUGGCGUACGAGGAUCGCAAGGCCUCGAUCGGCUCCUUCGACCACGGCACCGGCACCGGCAGCGUGGUAAACGAGAACACGGCCGGUGCCGCCACCAGCACUCGGCGUGUUUCGACCACCGAUAUGGCCAGCGAGAGAGACGCUACCACGACGCGAGUUUCCAAGGACAACCGGAGGCCGUCGGGUGCCCCUGAUCUUCCCGAUGAAGCUCAAGACGGCAAGCGCCUGGGCACAAGGAGAUUCUCAUUGGCCUCGUAUCGGAACAGUUCGCUGACGCCGUCGGUUUUGGACCCCACUGGUACUCGGGACGUUUCGAACGCCGAUAAGGCCAGUGAGAGGGAGACCGUCCCCUCGGGGGUUUCCAAUGAUGAGCGGAGGCUGUCGGCGGAGCUUCCCGACGAAGCUAAAGAUCGCAGCCGCCCGAGCACAAGGAGAGCUUCAUUGGCCGCGGACCGUAAAAGCUCGCUGAUGCCGUCGAGUGCGGCCCUCACUGGCACUCGGCGUGCUUCGACCGCCGGUAAGGCCAGCGAGAGAGAGGUCAUCACCUCGGAGGUGUCCAAGGGUAAGCGGAGGAUGUCGGUCGCCGCUGAGCCUGUCGACGAUGCCAAGGCAGCUGUUGGCCCGACUAGAAGGAAGUCCUCGGGCGCCGCUGAGCCUCUCGACGAUGCCGAGGUAGCUUUUGGCCUGACUAGAACGAAAUCCUCGUCGGCCCCCACCAGCGCUCGGCGCGCUUCGGCCAUCCAUGCGGCCAACGAGAAGGAGGCCUUCUCUUGGGGGUUGCCUACGAAUAAACAGACGCAGCCGCUGGUCGCCGAACCUGCCGACGAUGAUCAAGACGGCAGUGGCCUAAAUACAAGGAAAGCCUCGCUGACCUCGGUCCGGAAGCGGUCUCGAUCGGGCAUGCAAUCGAGUUCGGCGCACGAAUUGUCCGUCGCGGCGGACAAGUCUCUCACGGAGGGCGCUGCCACAGAGACGAGGACGCCGCGCGAAAGGUCUAAGCGUGCAGGCGCCAAAAGUGGCAGAAAGCGGAGGCACAGGAAGUCCGUCUAACACGGAUCGAACUGACCGCGGCCAACUCGCUACUGCAGCGCGUCUGAGGACAACCGGGAUUAUGGACCUGGGCACCCACUGUUCAAGAAGGGCUACUUAGAGACAAAUUUUCACUGCACCCUUUCUUUUUAUUCUUUAAUAAUCGCACAGUCCUUUUUGAUGCGUAUGCUACUCUUUGGUGGCUUUUGUAAUGCACCCUCCUAUUUGAUCAUGUAAUCGCGUCUCCGUUUAAGGUGACCUAAGAUUUCUUCCGCAAUUUUUGACAACUAAUGAUUUCUGCGAGGUUCAAAUUAGCGCAUGUAAUGCAUCGGGAAGUGCCGUGCAGAUAUAAAGCUGCAGAUAAACUCUUGACAUAACUUGCUUGGCACUCUGCUUGGCGGAUGUGACGGUGUAAGUGCUGCUUUUCGAAAAAUUUGCGCCGUUCCUUAUUGAGACCGAGCUUCCGGCGCGAGUGCCAUUUUUCAACGUCUCCUUUGCUUCGCCUACAUGUCUUCGCUUCACCUCAACAUAUUUGUGUUCCGCAUUUGUAACUGAAUGAGACCGCACAACCGCAUCCGGUACUUUGUAAAUAUCUGCGUAUUCGUAAAAGGAACUGUACCCACUUCCGCACUAUUUUGAGCCUCAUCUGACGAGCCCAAUUAAGCGUGUAUUGUUUUGUCUGAUUCUAUACAACACUUCAAGAACCUAAAGUACAGCUGCACGUUUUAGCCUUUGAUGGUGCCAUCGAUAUAUUGGGUACUUGCACGUGGGGACGACGCAGUUCCUCGCAACGCAAGGUGCCGCGUGGGUGUCGCGUUCUGAACACUGGUUUCAGCAGCGUCCAUAAUUAGCUUAAAUGCUGUUUCAAGGUCGCUGAAAUUGUCGAUAGAACUCUCGAGCUAACUUUAAACCUGAACACUAAGCGCUGUAAACACACAAUAAACGACGAGAAAUAUAUUGGCAGCACUAUAUUCGAGCAUUCGCCCGUAAACCUUUCGGCAGGCCAUCAUUAUGUAGGGCAUGACAAUUACGUACUGCGUACGGCAGGCAACCGAAUCGUGUUAUAACGAACAAUUUAUUUUCUACAGCGAUGGUGUCAUAUGGCUAGGAUCUCGCGGAUUGCAUCCGCGCGUUGACCAAUUUUCCAUACA